CCUGAGUCGACAUCGUGCGAGCAUUUGACACAUGCGACCAGCAAGGUUGAUGGUACCAAAGAAAACUUAUUACGAGCAGACCAGUUGCAAAGAAACUCUAAAUUAUCGAAAAAAAUUGAACCGGAUUUGAAGAUAGAAGGCGCACCGACAGCCACCUUCGACGAACUGCGUGUAACUUCAAGAAUAAUCCCAAUUGAUAACACGAGUUUGAUAACAAGUAAUAGGAACAAUGAUUGUUUUGGUGCUCCAUGCUCAUGGGAGUCAACGGCUACUAAAAUUAUCCCGAAAACCACUAUUGCCCCAGAAUGGAAUUCCGUCUCUGAAGAAUCGAUGGAUUUUUUACGCCCAUGUGCUCCUUCUUUUCCAGCGAACACGUGCAGAAUUUCCGGCAACCAAAAUCAUAACUUGGACACUUUCAAUUACCCAUUACUUCAUGAUUGCGAAUCCAAUCACUUCCCUGAAGGUAUAGCUCCGAAUUAUCCUUCAUUAAUGGAUUCCUCGUUACUAAGCUCCCCUAUUCUACCUAUGCAAGCUUCGUACAUCAAUUUCUCCUUCUAUCCUCUGUCAUCAAGUCCACAAGAAUAUUCAUCGGAUCCGGUGUUGUCUUCGAUAUUUUCAACGUCGAUUUACGGGAGUUCGUCUGCAGCAGUUGGAUCGCGAGAAUCAAUGGCGCCUGAAUAUACCCUUCCACUCCAGGAUGUGCCUCCAUCAUAUGAAGAAAUUUCAGACCCCACUACUACUUCAGGAAUACCGUUUCCGAUCCUUGAACCGCUUAGCGUUGUCGAGGAUUCCAAAGUAGAGAUAGGAACCGAGAUUGAGGAACUAGUUCGGCAACCUUGUUAUGAAACGAAAACCGAACUGACUUGUCAAAUAAGUGAUGAAAUUAGGGGACAUAAUAUCGAAGGCACAGCAAAAAUGUCAGAGAAACUAAGGAAUUGUGAUAGUACCACCGACCUCUGUGGAGCUAGGGACGCGUCAGGCGGAGGGGUGAAGCAAAGGACCCACGCCAACGCCCGAGAGAGGGACAGGACUCACAGUAGUGUGAACAGCGCGUUCGUGGCGCUGCGGUCGCUCAUCCCCACCGAGCCUGCCGACCGAAAGCUCUCCAAGAUCGAAACAUUGCGACUGGCAACGUCGUACAUCAGUCAUUUGGCAACACAACUGCUGGCGGGCACUUCUCUGCAGCCAUGUUUGUCCACACCAUCAACAGACAACCUGCCAUCAGCGGAACGAAUUCCUGUCUGCACCUUCUGCCUGGGAUCAUUGAAGAAAAAGCAACUUCAUCUUCACCUAACUACCGACCCUGCAGACGUCAUGCAAAACAUCCCGUCUGUCUGACUGCCUGAUGAUGAGCCCAAGUGUUCAGUUCGUGGCGACAGCUGUCAACCCCAAGUCGUUGCCAGAGUCAAGUGUCGCAGCUCAAGUGUUAGUGUCCGUAUACGAGAUUCUUAUAAUCAGUCAGAUAAGUGUACUUCAGAUGAUUACGGCCAAUGAACACCAUGACUGCUCAAAUACAACAGUUGUGGCGUUCACUGUCGACCGCAAACAUUUAGUGCGGUCAAGGUUCCGUUUUAGCAGAAUUCGCACACUUAUUAAAUAGUUUCGUACAAUUCUUUUACAACGUACAUUGUUAUUUGUGCAAACUGAUUAUAUGAUAUAAACCAAUAGAGAAAAAUUGAUAGUCCCAAUAAAGAAGAUAAUAUCGACAUAAUGUUUGUUACUUCCGAGCGUGUGGUUGAUGGUGAACUCAAGUUCAAGUAAAAGAUAAAACGCAAUUUAUAAGUUUAAUGUUAAUUAAUAUCAUUAUUUGAGUGAAGCUACAUAAUCAACCUUAAUAUAAUCUAAAAAGUGUUUUAAAAUCUAAAAUAAAUAAAUUAUU